GAGUGCCGACGUAUAAUUCUGACAAAGCAAGACGACAGGAUGAGUGGAUCAAGUUUCGGCUUAAAGCUCAGUUUUCUGCAAGUACUGACUGUCAUUAUGCUCCCGAAUAGUUGCCAGACGGUGGACGUGGCACGACAUUUCGGCAGAUUUGUCGAUGUGGAAGAUGGAAAGAUGUAUCAGUCCUUCCUGUACGAUCUCCUGAGCCAGGAACCUGAAGAUGAGAACCUACACCAUCCUGUGAGGAACACCGUCGACGGUGAUCUCAUUCUUACUCCUGAACAGAAGGAACAGUACCUUGAAGACAACAAGGCAAAGAGGAAAAUCCUAAGUCGUGACUACAUGCUGUGGCCCAAUGGGAUUGUGCUUUGGAAUUUUGCUAAGGGAAAAAGACAAUUCAAGCGAUCAUGGUCUUACAGAUCGGUGUUUCGGGCAAUCCACCAUUGGGAGAAACACACAUGUCUCAAGUUCGUGAAACGUGGGUCAAAAGAGCAUCGCCAGGCUAAGGUCCGCCACAGGGCUAUAAUCAUAUUUGGAACUGGGAAAGGGUGUGCGUCUCCAGUUGGCUACACCUACGGCGUGCUCAACGUCUACCUCAACGAGAAAUACUGCAUGCGCAGGGGAACGAUUAUUCACGAAAUCGGCCACGCCAUUGGCUUCUUUCACGAGCAAGCCAGAUCUGACCGCCGUGAGCACGUGAAGGUCAUUGAAGAGAAUAUCAAGGACGGAAAAAUGAAGAACUUCGUGAUUAUCCGUGGUCUGGCAAACAGGGCCAGCUACGACCUCGGCUCCAUCAUGCACUACGGCACGAAGGUAACAGUGACAUGCCGACAACGAGGCUGA